AUGCCGAAUACAAGUGAAGUAGUUAUUGAGAGACAAAUAUCGCAAAUAAACAAUGGCGGUAAUAGGGCAGUAUCUUUUAACAUAGGCGAUAAUGUAUUAGCUAGAGAUUAUAGGAACACCAACAAUAAAUGGCAAAAGGGUAAAAUUAUCAAAUGCAUUAGUUACAACACGCAUGACGUAGAACUUAAUGACGGGACUAUUUGGAAAAGACAUAAUGAUCAACUACUCAUUGAUAAAUCGUCAUUACCUUCAAAUAAUUCUAUUUCACCUGCACCAGCUAGACAAACAAAUGAAAAUUCUAAAAAUACUGAAACAGUAGGUGAAAAUCAAAAUCCCGAUCCGGCCGAUCCCGUAAUAGUAAAUAAAACGCCCAGACCAAUUAGAUCUAGAAAACCACCUCAGCGAUAUUCUCCAAGUGAUUAUGUUUAG